UUUGAAUAGGGGUGUGCAGACUUUUUAAUGUCACUGUAUCACUUGAGGGUUGUAAAAAAUGUGCAAAUGUGUACAUUUUCUAAUGUUUAAGCGCAAAUAUACGAGGGUUGCUGUGAUGCCACCAUGACAUGAUAACUGUGAUUGUCAGGCAUGAUGCAGACAGGAGCUACCUCCAUGGAUCUCCCUCUGUCCUCCCCGUCCAUCCUGCACUCGUCGGGGGCUCUCCACGGCACCGAAGCCACCACCACCGUGACCGACCUUGGCAAGGCAGGGUCCUGUUCGCCACCCAGCGAGUCGUCCAGCCCCGAAACCAUCAUCGGACAAGUCCUCCAGUCGGGAGACUCCGACUCAGAUGGGAUAUUCAUCGACUUCCCACCUCAUUCCGCCGAGGCUCUUGGCUAUGGCCGCGAGAGCAGGCAGAGUACGGUGUAGCUGCACGCACACAUUUACACACACACACUCACACACACUUGGGAUAAUCAUUGUCAGUACAUUUCAUGGCUUUGAAUUCGUCCUCUUCUCCAUCCAGUCAUGCUGGUUUCAUAAAAUAAUGUAGUUAUAAAAGUUUAAGGCUUGAAAACAAAAAAA